AUGGCGGGCCUCAUCAUCUUCACAGGCGGAAACAGCUCCAUGGGAAUCCCGGCAGCCGAUCAUUUACUCCAGAAAUAUCCCGAGUAUACCGUGAUAUUCACCGUCAGAGACGCCUCCGACGACGAUAUUAAUACAAAGACUUUACGCGACACCAUCUCCAAGCACCCAAACUCCAAGGCAUCGGUCCUGGCCCUCGACCUAGCUAGCCUCUCCGGUGUGCAUGACUUUGCCGACAACAUCAUCGCAGGAAUACAAAGCCGUAAAUAUCCCCGCCUUGCCGCCAUCGUCUGUAACGCCUACUACUGGAAUCUGAUCGGAGACCCUGAGUUCACCGAAGAUGGAUACGACAAGACCAUUCAAGUUUCUCAUAUUUCCCACGCAGCGCUGGUCUUGAGGCUGCUGGAGAGUUUUGACGCCCGUGGCGGUCGCAUCGUGCUCAUUUCUAGCGACUCGCAUUGGCCUGGGAAGAAUGCCAUGGAGAAAUACCCACCAUCAAUCGAUGACUUGGAAAACCUGGUCAAUCCUGCUGUGGACGAUGACAAACAGGGCCGUGGCUACCAGCGGUAUGCUACGGCCAAGCUGGCCAUCACGACUUGGAUUUAUGCGCUGAAUCGGCAUUUGGAGAAGGACCCGAACCUAAAGAACGUAACUGCCAUCGCUGUGAACCCCGGAAACAUGGUCGACUCACGCGCUCUCCGCACCAACACUCCGCCAAGCUUGCACAAAAUGCAGACGUUUGUGUACAGGCCAUUACUCCCCAUUUUGAGACUCAUAAUGGGUCCGACUCUGCGAACAGCGGCACCAGCCGGCGCGGAUGUCGUGGAUUUGACUCUGAGCCCGGAGUAUGCUGGGAAGCGAGGCUUUUUUACCCUGCUUCAGGAUGACGAGAGUUCACCGGAUAGCCGGGAUGAGGAAAAACAAGCUCGACUUUGGAAACAGACUUUGCUCUGGGCUAAGGUUACCAAAGAUAGCACGGUCUUGCAGGGUGCUUUCGAGGAAUGA